AUGGCAGGCCCAGCUGUUGGCCGUUGCUUCAUGGCCGGGUUGGUCUGCCGCGGGCCUCGUUCAUACCACCCAUGCGGCCGAGAGGAAGAGAGAGGUUCGAACUUGGAAUCGAAUCCUCCUUGCGAGCGAUACCGGUACGGUAUAACGUGA